CUCUCUCCCUCUCUCGCUCAAUCAUAUCUCAAACUGGAGUUGGUGUGAGGAAGCAGAAUGUCAGGAGAGGAAGUUCUGAAGCCAGUGGGAAAGCAAAGUUUGCCUGAAGUCUGCGCUGCUCUUUUCUGAAGUUUUUGCAGGCACAUUUCUGAGGAUACGUCCCUUUUUCUUUUCUUUUUUACUCUAAAAUAGGUAGUAACUUUUAUAAACCUAACUUUUUAAAUCGAAUACCAACCUCAAGACCUGGGUUUUCCUACAGAGAAACCUACAUACAUCACAGGGAAAUUCUUGAAAUUCUCUUUGUCUGGGACCUCUCACCACUGCUCUGGACUCUGCCUCCACCACUCAACUGCAAGAGGAUACAUCAGGUUUUACCGCACAUUGAGACAACAAACAAAAUGAGUCUGUCACGGAACGGCACUCUGGAGAAGGCGAUGUCUGAACGGUCUGAGCCACGCACCCCCUCCAGAGUGGGUUCAGGGGUCGUGGUGCCCCCUCCUUAUUCGCUGGGCAGCAGUGAGGCUGCUGACACCCCGCUGGAAUUGAGAGGGUCUCUGGACUGCUGGGCGUGCUCUGUGCUCGUCACCGCGCAGAACCUGGUCAUCGCACUGAUUAACGGCGUGCUGGCCACCGUCGUGUUCGGCAUCAUCCUCACCCCGGCUCUGUCCAUGAUCAUAUUCGGCUUCCUCUGCCACUCCACGGUGCAGCCCCACGGAACGUCAGUGUUUUGCUCAGACGUGCUGGAUGAUACCGGCUGUGUGGCUCUGCUGGUCGUAGGCUUUCUGCUGCUCACGCCUCUGCUGGUCCUGGCACUCGCCGCCUUCUGUCGCCUGGCCCGACACCUCCAGCUCGGCAUGUGCUUCAUCCCCUACAGCCGAGCCGUUUACAAGAACCUGCCCGCCUCGCGUAACCAGAGGCCCGAUGCAGCAGGAGGCUGCUGUGGCCAGCAGGGGUCUUCAGAGAGGGAGGGGAAGGGUAGCAUAUGGGUCUGAGGAGCUGAGAGGAGAGGAGAAGAUGGAUUUAUGAUUGUAAGAUGUAUCCCUAAAGUCAGGUUGUUUGCAUCCAGCUUUUUUUUUUAAAUGCAAAUUGCAGUUGUAUCCACUUGCAUUGUACAAAUUCAUCAUCAUUUAUAUUGACUGUCUGGAGGUCAGUGUUUCCUUUUUAUAUUAUUCCAUGUGUAUUUUUAUACUUUUUUUUUAAAGAAAAAAAACGUUUUACUUUUAUACUUUUUAGACGUAUAGUGUUACUCGACCUCAAGCUGAAUUUUGUGAGUCCUGCGAAACUCUGCUGCCGACAACCAUGGAAAUAAGCCAGUUUCAAGUUAGACGGAGGUGGAGUUCAAAGAAAUGUAUUACAUAUGUUAUAUAAUGUGUGCAUACAGUAUAGGAAUGUCCAUCGAGCAUCACUUUGCUGUAAUGAAACAUCGUUGUUAUACCUGUCAGUUAAGUUUGCUAUACUUGUCAAUAAAGUUGUAUCAUUCAAA